AUUUUUUUGAUGCAUUGAACAGCAACCUUUUGCUGUCGACUGCGUCUGUUCCAGAAUGUGCCACUGCGAUGCAGCGUGUGCCGCCAACACCAUUCUGCUCAACUCGCCCGGCACCGUUCGCCGGUACCUGCAGGACAAAUACCCCUCCGGCCUCAGCCUCCCAGACGCCCUCGGCCGUGACAGCAACAGUGACGCCUGUUUGCCUUUGUGCCGUUCGACCUCGGCGAGGAGAGGCGCAUCGGCCAGAUACCCAUGGGCAAGCCCUAGGGCAAGCCGCUGGAGGAGGCUCCCGAGGUGGGGGUCUUCGUCGUCGAGCAGUGGCGGAGGGAGGGGCGGGGGCUGGCCGGGUCUGACCCACCCACCGCGAGCCGCUACCAGAACCUGUAUCGGCGGCUCGACACGGUCCUGGACGAGUGGGCGGCGGGGGGAUACGUCGUGUGCGUCGACGGACAGCGGGUGGAAAUGGUGGUGGACGGCGAGGCCAUGGUCGUCUUUGAAGCCGGCCCCGCCCUGCAGCACUCACUCUCCUGUAGGACAGACUUGCUCCUGAGCCUGGCCACGGCUGCGGGCAUCCAUCUCAACGGCAAAGAGGAUGAGGUGCUGUACGGCAAGGAGCGGCUGCUCGCGUGGCGGCACACGCUCCCCCAGCUGCAGGACGCCGCCGUCCGGCUGGACGACAGUGCAGCCCCAGGCGUCUCUCCAUCGCUCAUGGCCAUCGGCACAUACGUCGUGGGUGUGAUGAUGGACGUGUCGACGAAGGCCCUCCAGCCCCUCCCCGAGCAGCGGUGCAGCCUCAGCGAACUUCUGCUGCCCCUGGAGAAGGCGCUGCUCCACAUCAACCACCACGACAUUGACAAGGUGGCCUUGAUGGGGGACCCUUCAUAGCGCUUGAGGGAGAUGAUCGCCUCCAGCUGUCAUCAAAGGACGAGGCAGACGUGCAGGAGGUAGGUGGACAUACACACACUCCGGGAUGGGGUGCAUCUCUAGAGGAGCUGACAUGCCUGAAUGAGCGGUGGAUUGGUCUGUGUGUGUGUCUCUCCUGCCUGCGGUCCAGAUGUUCGCUGUCACGCCUGCUGCAGAGGACACCGGGAGCGGCGUGCCAUUCCAGAAGGUAGAGCAACACGUUACACAACGCACCUUUAUAUGCGCCUCUGGCUGGGUGUGUGUGUCUGAUGGUGUGACAGAUCGUGACCGCUGCCUCUCCGAGUGGCUCCCAAGACGGCCAGAGCGCCAAGGAGAAGGACGACUGGGCCAAGGUACUGUACGCACACGGGCGGUAGGCCGGUGCCACAAUUGUUGGUCUCUCUCUCUCUCUCUCUCUGCGUGUUUGUGUGUGUGUGUGUGUGUGUGUGCAGAUGUUGGACCCCCGGCCUGCCGAGACAUCAGGCGCCGCGACAUUCGAAAAGGUGAGAAAAACCCUGCCUGUCUGUCGAUGGCUGGAUGUCUGAACGUAUAUGCAUAUGUAUGUGUCUUGUUUGACAGAUCAUCACUGUCGGCGUCCCCACCAGUGCCGCUGCAGCCGCGGCAGCGUCACCAUCAAGUAGCGAAGAUGUACGUAUCACGAAGCCAAACAGACAAGGCGUGCACCCACUCGUUCAUGGCGUGUAUGUGUUGACGGAUGGGCUCAUGGAUGGCUGUAGGCGUCGCGUGUGUCUAGUUCCCGUGUUGACGUCGGCAGACCCUCGGCCGCCCCUGGCGCUCCAUCUGCUCCAUCGUCUGUGCUGUCGCUCUCCCAGCACCCCCAUCCCUCUGUUCCCACACGGCCUCCUCCCCUCCACGCAGGACAGCCCAGUGGUGGCAGCUCGGCGAUGCGCGUGUUGGGUGGGCCGGCACCUGCAAUGCCGCUGGGCGGUGCCAACGGGUCGACUGAGGGUACUGUGGAGCGGGGUGGAGCGGGGCGCGACAGACCAUCACAUGAGAGCUGCUCAGGUACGCAACCGUAUACCGAUGCGCACCCAUCGUCUUUGUCUGUCUGCGUGUAUGCGUCUGUCUGUGCAUGCAGGGGGGUGUGGACAAUACUUCUGCGGCAGGCGCAUCGGCUCCUCGUACCGUGUGGGGUCCUCUUGGCUCGCAGACGGACGUGCAGCAGCCCUCCCGGCCCCCUGGGCUGACGCCAUCGUCUCCUAGUGCUGCUGCUGCUGGACCAGCACCGCCGCCUCAGGUACGUUACGACUGCACGGUCCGCACCAUCAGCAUACAGACACAAACACGCUUUCAUCGAUGCGUGUGUGUGUGUGUCCCGUGUUGUUUGCCUCCGUGCAUGCCACACCUGUGUCGACUGGGGGAGUGCCGAGCGGCCCUUCGGCAGCACGGCGUCGCUUGCUGCCAUCCCGAACAACACACAGAGGCCGGUGAGGGCGACCACGAACAAAACACACACACACACACACACACGACCACGAACUUGAAUGCACACUUCUCAGAAGUCUCAUGUCUGUCCGUCUGCCUGUCUGUCUUUGUGGCAAGAAGAUGAAUCGUUGCCUACAUCUUUAUAUCCCGAUCGUAACUUUCUCAAGCAGCCCAGCCAGCCAGCCCCAGUCCAGUCCCGUCAACCUCAACACGCACAUCGACACGCCCAAGUCCAUCGACACACAGACUCAGUGUGAGCAGAACCAACCCACACACAAACACACAGACAGACCAAUGCAUGCAUGUCUCACUUCUCUGUCUGUCUGUCUGUCUGUCUGUCUGUGACACGUGUCAGUCAAUGACUGACCUCUCUCUGUUUCGUGUGUGUCCUGCAGUCGAGCAGUGUCAAUGCUCAGGACACAAUGCAAUGCAUGAGCAGCCGAU